ACUCUGCAGUGUCAAUUUUUUUGAAAAAAAAAAAAAACCGUAAGCAGCAGAGGGCUAAACUCUGUUUUUUCUGCAUUUUCUUCCAUUUGGGUUUUCCGAAGUAAUAUCCAUUCAUGGAGAAACCACAAUCGCCCAUUUCCGUCUCACAGAAGACCGCUACAGUGGACCCACCGGAGGCUUCCCCAAAACCCUACAAGAAAAGCUUCGUCACCACUUUAAUGGAGGCCACCACUCUCCGUUCUUCUUCCUUCAAGGAAGACACCUAUUUUGUUUCCCAUUUGAAGCCUUCUGAGAAGAAGGCGCUGCAGGAGUUCAAGGACAAGCUCGCCGCCUCUCACGGUUCCGAUGACGACCCCACCAUGUGGGGGAUUCCGCUUCUCUGCGGAAGCGACAAAGCGGAUGUCAUUCUGUUGAAGUUCCUGCGCGCCAGGGACUUCCGGGUCUUGGAUUCACUUCACAUGUUGGAGAAAUGUCUGGCUUGGAGGAAAGAAUUCGGAGCAGACAGCAUCACGGAGGAGGACUUAGGGUUUAAGGAGCUGGAAGGAGUGGUGGCUUAUAUGCAGGGGUUUGAUAGAGACAGGCACCCUGUUUGCUACAAUGCAUAUGGGGUUUUCAGAGACAAGGAUAUGUACGAGAGGAUCUUCGGCGACGAGGAGAAGCUGAAGAAGUUUCUCCGGUGGAGAGUUCAGGUUCUGGAAAGAGGCAUAAGCCUCCUGCAUUUCAAGCCUGGUGGGGUAAACUCCCUUAUUCAGAUAACUGAUCUCAAAGACAUGCCCAAAAGAGAGCUACGGGUCGCUUCAAAUCAGAUCCUCUCUCUCUUCCAGGACAAUUACCCAGAAAUGGUUGCUCGAAAGAUUUUCAUCAAUGUCCCAUGGUACUUCAGUGUGUUAUACUCCAUGUUCAGUCCAUUUUUAACCCAGAGAACCAAGAGCAAGUUCGUCAUCUCCAGAGAAGGAAAUGCAGCGGAAACACUCUACAAAUUUAUAAGGCCGGAAGAUGUUCCGAUACAGUACGGUGGACUGAGUCGACCCAGUGAUUUGCAGAAUGGUCCUCCAAAACCAGCCUCUGAGUUCACCGUCAAAGGAGGAGAGAAAGUGAACAUUCAAAUUGAAGGGAUUGAGGCCGGUGCAACCAUAACAUGGGACCUAGCGGUCGGUGGUUGGGACUUGGACUACAGCGCAGAAUUCAUUCCCAAUGCAGAAGACAGCUACACUAUUGCCGUGGAAAAGCCUCGGAAAAUGUCUCCCUCUGAGGAGGCCAUUCACAACUCCUUCACAUCUCGAGAAGCCGGGAAAAUGGUUCUCUCUGUUGACAACACCGCCAGCCGGAGAAAAAAGGUUGCUGCUUAUCGUUAUAUUGUCAGAAAAUCCCCCAUUGUCUAGCUUCACUUCAGCAGUUUCACCAUUAAUUAUAGGAUUUUAAGAGUAUUUAUUUCGAGUCCUCUUGCUGAAUGUUUGUGAACCCUUUUCUGAUUUUCCGAAGACAGUACUGAAAUUUGUUCAUGUAAUGUAUAAAUAUGGUGGUAUUAUCAUCUUAAUAUGGUUUAAUACAACAGAAUAUCAAGAAGGUAGUUUAACUUUGUUUGAAAACAGUCUAUUUCUGUUUGUUCAUCUUGGAGAAAGAUUUGAGCAUGAGAUUUGAAACAGAGCUUUCAACUUUCUGAAGAUAUGAGGUUCUUUUGAAAAAGUGGUUCGUUGAUGGGAUCAAAUUCAGACAGUUCCUUGAUAUGUGUCUGGUUCUCCAAAAGGGGAUUCCCUGCUUAAUGGGCAGAAAUUUUUUUUCCUGAUGUUGUACAGUUUCUUUAUAUGUUCUUGUGUUUUUUUGUGGGUAUUGUGUCUCUCAAAGGAAGGACGAGCAGUGAGGAAGAUAAUGACUGGACUCUGUUGGGUUUGGCUUAUGAUUGUGUAAAAUGGCUGAUGAGAAUUCCAAAGUUUCACGGGUGAUUUUUCUGUUUC